UGACUAUAUAUCUACAAUCAUUGUUUGGAGAAUAUAGGUAAAUACGAGUGUGCGUUUCUAUCACACAAGUCAUUCCACAAAGGUCGAAUGAGAAAAUAUUGAAGCCUUUUAAAGUAUUCAAAUAUUAAAAAAGAUGCGAUACAAUAAUGUUUUACAAACAGUUGUCGCUGCAGGAACCGUAGUCUGCGCUGUGGUUUCAGGCUGUGGUGAUGCUGGGGAUGAUUGUUUAGAAGAAGUAAAUUUGUUCCUUGAUAAUAGUGCCGCGCAAGGGUUCACCGCCUUCCUAUACACGGACACGGAUGUGCAGUGGGUUGUUCAAAUGAAGAUUCUUGAUAUCUAUUCGGGAGUUUACGAUGAUUGCACGACUGAGGAUGGCCAAUUCAUCGAUCUAAAUUGGCAUGUACAUGUCGGAGCAUCAGACAAUGCCCAAGGUGUGGGCGCGGAAUGUGCCGCCGAUGCGGGAUCCCCACCUGUCGGAGGGCAUUAUGAUCCAACAUUUGCUUGCAGUGCCGUCACUGGCGAACUCGAGGCAUGUGCUGCUUUGGGGCGAACGGUUGACAACGACUAUAUGUAUAUGUGCUCCCCUGAAUCGUACGAGACUGAUCCGUACUCUUGCGAGGUUGGAGAUUAUUCUGGAAAGUUCGGCCAACUGCGAUUCGAGGUAGAUGCUGAAACUGAGUCAGCGGAAGUAGACGCGUCGGGUUCAGAUCGAUACGGUCCAAAUCUUGAGCUCAUCAACGGUAGAUCGGUUGUAUUCCACUGCGGCUCGCCUCGUGUAGUUUGUGGCAAUCUGGCGCCAGCAAAUGAUAAUGAUGAAUGAGGUGGUUUUCGUACUAUUAAUGGCAACUGCAGAAGGCGACUAAAUCGAAAGCAUUUAUAAUCCCAUUGGGUUAGGUUCCACCGCUUGUUCGUACGUCAAAAGUUGCAAUUUUUAUAUGGUAUCGUUCUCAAGAGAUAAUUGGCUAGAAAUAGUUAUGGACGAAAGGCUAGCUUCAUUAAAUAUAUAUUUAGUCUCUCA